CUAGGUUACAUACUGAAGACCGCAUUUCUUGCGUUCUCUUCUUCCGUCGCUUUCCUUCCCUCAAGAACAAGUCCCACGGCCCAAAUAGUUGGCUGGCUACCGGAAGUGGCGUUAUCCUACGUGAGCGCGCGACGGAAGAGGGCGGAGGAGGCCGCCCGCGUAUAUAAGAGUCUUUCCCACAAUCCUCUCUUCCUCUUCGCCAUCUUCCUCCCGUUUGCAGCCAUGAAGGUCGAGCUGUGCAGCUUCAGCGGGUACAAGAUCUACCCAGGUCACGGGAGGCGCUACGCCCGCACGGACGGGAAGGUCUUCCAGUUUUUGAAUGCAAAAUGCGAGUCUGCAUUCCUUUCAAAGAGGAACCCCCGGCAAAUCAAUUGGACUGUCCUGUAUAGGAGAAAACACAAGAAGGGACAAUCGGAAGAGAUUCAAAAGAAAAGAACUCGCCGCGCUGUUAAAUUCCAGAGGGCCAUCACUGGGGCUUCUCUUGCUGAUAUAAUGGCCAAGAGGAACCAGAAACCUGAAGUUCGAAAGGCCCAACGAGAACAAGCCAUCAGGGCUGCCAAGGAAGCAAAAAAGGCUAAGCAAGCAACUAAGAAGACAGCUGCAUCUGCUGCUAAGGCUCCUACAAAGGCUGCACCUAAACAAAAAAUUGUGAAGCCGGUGAAAGUUUCUGCACCCCGAGUUGGUGGAAAACGUUAAUUGUCUACUAAGUUGGAUUAAGUAAAAUAAACUUUAAAGCAACAGUGUU